GCUCUGCUGACCGCUGCCCUGUCGGCCCGCCCGCAGCCUUCUCUCUGCUGAAUGCUGCCUUGUCGGCCGACCCUCAGCCUGCUAUCUGCUCACAGCUGCCGCAAUGCCCUUUAUUUCGAGGCGCCUUUGCCGCAGCGGGGUGCAACUUUGCGUACCUGGCAGCGGGGUGCAACUUUGCCUACCUGGCAGCGGGGUGCAACUUUGCGUCCACGGCGGAGUGCAGCUUCGCCUACCUGCAACUCUCCUCACGCAUCUCGGAUCGUGUCUCUUUGGUCAGCAUGCCCUCUCUUUGUCUGCGGCUCUCUCCUGCCCAAUUCGCAUCAACGCUGGCGUUCCACACCACACUAGUGGAGUGGAGGGGAGGGGAGGGGCUGAACUGA